AUGGCAAAAUCAAAGGAAUAUAUUGAAACGGAUACAGGAAAUAAGAUUUCUCGUCUUAGAACAACAAUUUUAGGCUCUCAAAACAUUAUUCUUGGUGGAAAAACUCUGAUUCACUCAGAAUGCACAAUUCGUGGUGAUUUGAGAAGAUUUGAAGGUUCUCAACAAUCAAUUGCUAUUGUAAUUGGAAAAUAUUGUUCUUUAUCAAUUGGCACUGUGAUUCGGCCUCCGAGUAAAACUUAUAAAGGCGUAUUUAACUAUUACCCGUUAAAAAUUGGCGAUUUUGUUCAAAUCGGCGAGGGUUCUAUGAUAGAAGCAGCAAGUAUUGGUUCAUAUGUUAAGAUUGGAAAACAAUGUGUUAUUGGGAAAUUCUGUAUUAUCAAAGAUUGUGUGGAAAUACAAGAUGGCACGAUUUUACCGGAAAACUCAGUAAUACCAUCCUUUUCUUUAGUUGGAGGCACACCGGGUCUUGUUAUUAGGGAACUCCCUGAAUGUGUGCAAGAAUUAUUUGAAAUUGAAUGUCGGAAGAAGUAUAAUGAAUUCUAA